UCAUUUUGUACUUUACUUUCUUCGUAGAGAGCCAGAGAGAUUCAGAGUUUUAAUGGCGAUUUCAUCCUCUUCUUCCUCCUCUUUAACACGAUUUGUAACAGCCCCAUAUCAAAAAUAUCGUAUUCUUUCGUUCGGAAACAACAUCAAUUUUAACAAGAAUAACAAGUUAUGUAUCAAUGCAUCAUCUUCUUCUUCUGCUGCUAAGAAAUCUAUCAAAGAACUCACUCUUGAUUCAAAGGUGGAGGUGUUGUUGGACAGUGUGAAAUGGGAUGAUAAAGGUUUGGCCGUUGCAAUUGCUCAAAAUGUGGAUACCGGAGCCAUUCUUAUGCAAGGUUUUGCUAAUAGGGAGGCACUCGCGACAACCAUUUCAUCACGCAAAGCAACCUUUUUUAGCCGAUCAAGGUCAUCUUUGUGGACUAAGGGGGAGACUUCCAACAAUUUCAUUAAUGUUCAUGACGUCUUUCUCGACUGUGAUCGUGAUUCUAUAAUAUACCUAGGGAAGCCUGACGGUCCCACAUGCCACACGGGGUCAGAGACCUGCUAUUAUUCAUCAGUUAAUGAUUUCCUUGAACAUUCAAAGGUAGAAGAUUCUAGUUUGGCAUUAACGACCUUGUACUCAUUAGAGUCUACUAUCUCCCAAAGGAAAGCUGAAAUAGAAGCAGAUGAUAGUGAGAAGCCUUCAUGGACAAGACGGCUAUUGCUUGACAAGAAGUUAUUGUGCUCCAAAAUCAGGGAAGAGGCAGAUGAGUUAUGCCGGACAUUGGAGGAAAAUGAGGAUCAAUCACGUUCAGCCUCAGAGAUGGCAGAUGUGCUCUAUCAUGCAAUGGUUCUAUUAGCACUUAAGAAUGUAAAAGCCGAAGAAGUUCUUGAGGUUCUAAGGCUGAGAUUUACCAAAUCUGGUAUUGAGGAGAAGAACAGCCGGAAAUGACGCUAGCCGAACGGGAGUCUCCUGCUAUUCCGCAGCUGUCUUUUCUAUGGGUGCUUUGUGACAAAAUUCGAAAGAACGUGAUUGUAGGCAGAAACAAACCCAUCAUGAGAACCUGUGUAGAUUAGGUAGUUUCAGAACUCCAACUGAAGGCCUGUGUAACUUUUUGGCAGCCGUUGAGAAUUUUCAAUUUUUAGUAUGAUGACUUGGUAGCGAAAUGCUAAACUUCAUGAGAUCUGGAUGUGUCAUAGUUAUUUUAGGUUUACUUCCAUAUUUUACGUUAGAGAAACAUUUGUAAUUGUAUCUUUUUGUGAUUGAAUUCGAUCAAAGAGUGACAUUUUCUCCAUUUUGAGGCUUUUCCUGGGCAUUUAGUUAAGUAAUGUAAAAAUAAGUGUUGUUUGUAUCGACUCUGCUAGUAAUACCAUAAUUGAAGCGUGUUUAACUCGUUA